GUAGCUGGCUAGGGAGACACGCUGCUUUUCUGCUUUUCCGCCUGCUGGCUCUGCUCCAGCAUCCCUCGGUGACUCUCGCAUACUAUCCUCUCCCCCUCCAGCCUAUGUCUCCCUCUGUGGGUUUUGACAGCCAGCCUGCUUGCCUGGCUGCUGCUGCUGCUGCUGCUGCUGCUGCUGCUGCUGGAGCAGUGGAGCUGUCUGACACCUCAUUGCUACGCCGCUCUGCCUCGCUUCUCCUCUCUGCCUCACACUCUCCUAUGCUGGAUAAUCUCGACUGAGUCUGAAAGAGACCGCGACAGAGGACGGGGGAAAGCAAAGGGAAGGAGAGAGGGAGCUAGAGAGCUAUUCGUUUAACUGCUGCAUUCUUCAUCAGUUUCCUUUUCUGGCCUGCUGGAGUGCAGCACAGGGAACUACUGUUCGGGAGGGAAAAACUCCCUGAAGGAAUUAUUCUCCUCUCGUAAGCGUCCUCCCUUGCUGGGACAGAGGAGGAGAGAAGAGGGAGGGACUGAGAGCAGGACUUCAGCUCAGGGUCCCACCCCGCUCACAGGAUAAACACGCACAAACAGAUUUGCAUAGAUUGGACACAGUGCAGUCAGACAGGGACAGAUUGACACAUAUAGACAGGCAGACAGACAGACGGGUGGUGUCAUGGCGUCAGUGGACAGCACCGGUUCGAGUGUCUCUGGUCGGCUGAGAUCAGGGGAUAUACUUCACACUGGUCUGAUAGUUGCACUGCUGCUGGGUGUGUGGAGUGUUGGUGGGCUGGAGGUGUCGACAGGUAAAGUGUCUCAACUUGAAGCGAUGAACGGCUCCACGGUGCUGCUGCCCUGCACAUACUCCUCCUGCAUCGGCAUCAAAAACCUCUACUUCAACUGGCACUACAAUGACAACGGAACCAUGAUCAAGUUGUGCGAGGCGGUGAUUCCCUUCGAGCGUGUGGAGCGGGUCAGUGUGUACCACGAGCGCGUGGAGUUUGUCGGCUCCUCGAAGAGCAGCAACAUCUCCAUCCUGCUGUGGAACAUCACCUUCGAAGACGAGGGAGAGUACAUCUGUUUCGCCAGGAACCCGAAGGAGAAGAACCGCAACCACAGCGCCAUCUACACUCUCUACGUGGUGGACCAAAUGAAGGAGAUUGACACCACUCUGACCACCAUCAUUGUCUCCGUGGUGGGCGGAGUCAUUGGCCUGUCUAUCCUUGGCAUGGUGAUAAAGGCCUUGGUGGUUCACUUCCUGCUGAAGGAUGAUGAGAAGAACAAAGAGUGUCUGGUGAGCUCAGGGAAUGACAACACAGAAAAUGGACUUUCAGGAGCCAAAGCAGACACCAAAGGGACACCAAAGGCAUGAGCAAAAUGCAAAAGUAUGUCUGUAUGUUUGUAUAUAUGUUAGACAAAUGUACACGCUCAGAGAAAAUGCUGUUCAGUGGACUGUUUUAUCUUACUAGCGGCUAACAUUUAAAUGUCUAUUUUAAAUCAUGCUUGAGAUUUGGGGAGGGGGGAGUGUGCAUACGCUUAAAUCCCUCUCUCACCUACACGAAAGCCUGUUUGUCACAAAGUGUGCAGCCUCUGUGAUCAAAAUAUGCUCUUGUGGUGCAGGAAUGAGUCCGUAUGAGUCAGCAUUGUAGCUUAUCGGGGCUCGCCUGUCUUGAGGUCAGUUGAGAUUUUAUUGAGACUUUGGUCAGACUCCUGAAAUAAGAUCAGUGUGGUUAACACAAGCUUAUGAGAUGUACAAGUAUUGUUUAAAGGCUAAAAGGGUCUCUAAAUGAGACCUCCAAACGUCAUCACACCGAAUAUUAACCCAAUUUGGUACAUCAGUGAAACAACUCAAACUUGAAAUAAUUUAGACUCAAAAUAAUGUCAAAGAAAUGACAUUUUACCUAAUUUGCUGCCGACCUUUCGACGUGCAACCAAUCAGAUAACAGCCGUAUGUAGAGCCCCAAGCCAGCAGACGAGGUAACCGUAGAAUCGAAGUUAGCUAGCUGUUUUCUACACGACUCUGCCUCCGAACCAAAGGCCAUAUCAUGUGAAGGCAGCUUUGUAAAUGGAGAUUAUUCCGCUAACAUCAUCAUAAGUGUUUGUUUGCCACUGAGCUUUUUUGUGGAAAUUGUCCAAUUCAAAUGGGAAAAUCCCACUGCUUUUUGUUGAGGGAGGCCCUUGUGAAGCUAACUCAUGGUUGGGACUAUCAUAACUGCACCACUCUGUUCACCCUUUCACAACAUUAUAGGGAAGUGACUUUGAAGAAAGCAGAUCCUCAGUUGUGGUUUUUAUUUUAUAUUCCAAAUUUCAAUAAUCGACUGCCAACAGUACUGUUUAAUUCUUCCAUUUACAACGCUCACAAAGUCAAACUUGGGCCCAAACACACACACUUUGAUGACAUAAGGAGAUGCCACAAUCUUUAAACUGCCAUGAUGUCGACCGAAGAACAGCACACACUCCACAAAUCCAGAGAACCACUAAGCCAGAGUUUUGUUAAUGAAGGUUAUAGCCAACAUUUUCUGGUUUCAAUCAAAUAACAUUUACAUUUAGGUACAAAUAGUGUGCUACUAAUCAAACAGUGUUUACAUGUGCUUGUUUGCUUGUAGUUUUUUUUUAAAGGAUUUUAAAUCUAAACUCGUAAUUACUGCCAAUGCCAGCUUCCACUUUACCUUGCACGUUUACAGCCGGGUCCAAGUUUGACAUGUGGUGGUUUCAUUUAUGCCAACAGUAUGUUUUUGAUCAACUGUAAGGCUUGCUCAGUCUGACAACUGGGCUUUCUUAGGUGAGUGAAGGACCAGGAUAGACAGGUUAUAUUGUUUUGCUUUAGAUGAAACACAGGUGCCUGUUCUGCUUCGACUCCCCCUGCUGGUGGGAGGACACAUAAACACAAAACAAUUCUAAAAAAUAAAUAAAAAUACCAACCCUAACCCUCAUCAAAGACAAUCCCUAGAAUACCCAGCUCCCUAUAGAGAUGAAUGAAAUUAAUCAUGCUGCUUCUGACUAAUAACCAAUGCAUUUUUAGCAUGUGCGCAUUUUAUAUAACUUCAUAUAUGUAAAUGUUGUCUAGCACCACAGUACAUGGACAUUUAUGUGUAUCUCUGUAUGAUCCCAUUUACCCAUUCACGUUAAUUGACCGUCAAUUAACACUUCCCAACACUGAUUUUCUGACCCCCUUUAACGUAAGUAAAGGUGGCUCCUGUAAUAAAGUAAUUACCUGCAGGUAAUUGUGGGAAAGAAAGGGUGACUAACACCUACUGAUAAAUACGAACAUUAUCUUUACAUGUGACUCAUACAGUUGAACCACUCUACCUUUACAAAGAUGGCACUUUUGUUCGUUGGGAUAAUGAAUCAACUCGCACGAUUCACUUCUACAUUUCCGCGCUUACAUGCAGACUCUUACUGGCUACCUUUCCAAACACAAACUUUCUCUGUUAACCUUUAAAACUUUACACUAAAUGUAUUUGUGCUUGAAGUAAAUAGUCCAUUGAUACUGCCUCAGAAAUGCAGGUAGCACAGCACUGAGACAGACCACUGAAAGAAUGUAAAGACUGUCAGGGAAUAGAUGUUAAAUAUUGUCCAAAAAAUAUUAUAUUUUAAUGAAUUCUAAAAGGAGUAUUCAAUAUAUUAAUAUCAAAUGAAUGUGUGAAUAUCCCAACAGGCCAGUGGUUCAUUCUUCUUUGUCGUUUUAUUAUAUGUGAUUCAAAAACCUACCAAGACUUUAAGUGUGUUGCUCAGUUCAUUGGUAACUUGCUGUGACUGUAUCGCGACAUUUUAAGCAUUGUACAAUAUAUCACUUUUUUUGUCGGGCAUCCAAAUAAGUCUGGUGUCUUAGCACUAAAUAAAAUGCACUGGCAAGAAUAAAUUAGGAAGUGGUGAAGAGUUUAAAAUGAUCUCAUGUUUACAUUUAAUGGUAGAAUUUGCUCAAUUCAAUGGCUUUUAACAUUUUGGAAGUCAUGACAAAGAGAAGAAAAAUGGAUAAAGUCAACAGAGCCUUCAUUAUAUCACUUUUCUUCAUCUCUUGAUAGACAAACAUGGAUCAAUUUAGUGCUAAGAUGCCAACUGGGAACUAGAAGUUGCUCUCUAUGCGACUCAGUACGAGAAAUCUACACAAAAACAUACAAACGCACAUACAGUCACAUACUAAGAGCCAAUUUGAGUGUAGUACGCUGGCCUUGUAUACAAACAAUACAGCACUUUAUCACAGUCCAGAGUGGGUGCACAAAACAGGAAAUGACUCGUUCUUUUUAUCUUUUUUUUUUACAACAAAAUCCAAGGUUUUCACAUACCUCAUGACAGAAUUGUGUCAAAAGCAUUGUCUGACUACAUGUUGGAUCAGUAUUAAUGGAAGAUGUUAUUUAAUUUUUCUAAUCUCCAUCAGCCUGAGGCCCUCUAAAACGGGGGUGCAUCUCCCUUCUUGCUUUCAAUGGAAGCAAAAAGACGGACAACAGAUUAUGCAAUAACCUGUUAUAAGGCACUUUAUUGACGUGUCUGGACUGGCUUUGAUUGAAAGUCUUUCUGUCCAUGAAUAUUUCAUUAUACCAAGGUGUGUAUCUACACUGUGCUAAUGUAUUUCAGUGGGACUAAUGCAUGGACAUUAGAUUCAAACUGUGCAUUAGACAGAUGUGUCUGCUUUGGAAAACUGUACUAGCUACUAACAUGUGACUGUUCAGUGUUAGAAGUGAUACAGUGUCCUUGAUGUGAUAAACAAAAACUGUGAAUGCUAUGGAUAUAAGAAAGCACUACACACACGGACACACACACACACACACACACACACACACACACACACACACACACACACACACACACACACACACACACACACACACACACACACACACACACACACACACACACACACACUUGCAUCCUUGUCUAAAAAAAGUCUUGUGCAGAUGUCUCUGUAAAAGGGUACAGCUGUAACUUCAAAGUCUUCCUGUAGGGAACAGCAAUAUUGUGGUGUUGGUCUGUCUGUUUGUGUACAUUUCUUAACUCAUGCUUUGACAUAGCAUUACAAACAGGUGGAUUUAUGUAGGGAAUGUGAUGCAUAACUUGUAUAUUUGUAGGUUACAGCUGCCAUUGUUUGGUCCCCGUUUUUCUGUGACUUGAUUUUUUUAAUGUUUUCUAAAGUGAAGCCCAUUAACAGAGACUUUUUCUGCAAGUAAGAAUGUAUUUUUGUUAAGUAAAACUACUCACAAAGUGUAAAACCAUGUCAAAAUACUCCCAGAAAAACACACAGGUAUAUGGGAUAUAGAAACCUGUGGAAUUACGACCAAAAGUAACGUCUGUUUUUAAACAUUUUCUCAUAGAAGCCCAUUUGUACACCUGCCUGUCUUUAAUAUCUGAACCGUACAUGAGUCCUGAGGUCCGUUUACUGCUUCUAUAGUGAUUGCUGCAUUACUGAGUCUGCCCUGUACAGUGUAGGAUGCUUCUCUGCAGUGGUGCAAUACACACCGAAAAUACAGUAUGACUGCCACCCAGUGGUGAAAACCCGCCACGUAUAGUUAAAACUGAUAAGACAUAAUGCAUACUAUGAUUUCAGAUUGAAAUGACUGCAUAACAAAGAAAGAAACACUGCGUCAAUAAGGCUAAGAUUUGCUUUAAUGUAUAUGACUACACUUUUCAUAGUGGAAGCAGCAUACACAUCAUUUUAAAGGCUUUAGAUAACGCUUUUAGUUGGAUUGUUUACAAGUAAUCAUUCUAAUCCCUGUGCCGAUUGGGCGUUUAAGAAAAAUGAGGGACGAGUGUGUAUUAAAUCUGCUAGGAAAAAGGAAACGUGCAACAAUUUGUGCAAACGUGAAUCCUUUAUCAAAUUGCUCUCCUAUUGAGCAUUGAACCUUUAGUCUCAGUGUUAAUGUCUAACUAAAGGAACAGACUGACCACUAUGAUUCCUCAAAGCUAGUAUUGCUCUUACUGCCAGAGCGGCUGAAACUCAUACUGCCAAUCCAAGAGUCUCACGUCUGCUGUACACUAUACUACAAUGACUCACAACGUCCCUUAGUACACUUUCACGAUACUAAAACAUGUUGUAUUGUCGCUGUAUUAAAAGUACUAGAUGAUAUUGCUCUGUAAUACUUCUGUAUCUGUAGCAGCUGGAACUCACACUGCCAAGCCAAGAGUCUGACGUCUGCUUCCCACAUUCCACACAGAGAAAGAGAUCAAAAAACUGAUUUGAUGUCAUUGUAAAACUUAACCUUAAUACAAUCCUGAUCCAAUGGGAUGAUCAAGGAGCAACAUGUUACUUAGUUUGGUAAUUGUUUUCCUAUUCAGAAUGGAAGAAUUACAGAAAGGAAGGCCAAACGAUGAUGCAUUUUCCAAGGCUAGCUAGCUCCACAUUUGAAAUAAAAGCACAGGAUUAAACCGACCUCUUCUCAUUAUCCCUCUGCAGUUCUGACUAUUUCCACACUGUUUUUAUCACAUAGCUGCUGUAAUUGUAUCUUAUGCUAAAGUAAAAACUCACAUAUGGAAUACAAAUGAUAGUGUUUUAUAGAGGUCAACGUCUUGCAGCAAGUGACUUUAUCUUGCAUACAUCAGCACAGUUUUUUCAACAUGUACACAACACAUCCCCAGGUUUCCCCUGAUGUCCAGCUGACUGUCUGUGUUUGUGCUCAUGUUGCUCAUGCUCCCUUCAUGACUAUGCACCUCGAUCUUUUGACUUGUUAAAAAAAAUACAUACUGGAAAUAAAAUGUUGUUUGAAAA